AUGGCACCCCAGAACCGCAAGCAGCGUCGUGCUGCUGCUUCUGCAUCUAACUCCGCCGACACCGAGCCCUCAAUCCCUCUUGCCCAUCCUCCACGCGGUAGUUCAUCGCAGAGCACGCGCACCAAAACACUCUACGACAUCAUCGCGGAGCGCCAGAAUCAGCUCCUCGACCAGGAUGGCCAGAAGCAAAACUCCUCUCUAGGGGUGAAUAUACCGCAGGGGAUGCGAGUAGUAACCACCAAUGCCGCAGGGGAGGUUGUCGACGCAGACGCAGACAGCUCGUCCUCGGAGAACGACGAUGAGCCCGAACCCGAAAUCAACAAUAGCAACAACAACCCGCUCCCACCUCUCCUGGACACCGUCCUCCUAACUCUCUCCCUUAACAACCCUCCACUUCACCCUCGGCUUCCUGGCAGCUCACCAAUAUGCCGAAAAAACCGACUUCCGCGCCCUCUUGCAAGAAUCACUCACCUCUUCCGACGCCAGGAUACAACAGCCAAUGUCUCUGCCGGGCUAAUACGACGAUUCAUUUUCCCGCCCUCCCUGCGCACAUUUGCCUUUCUACCCCUCGCGACGGUGUUAGGCGCACACCUCAUUGCCAUUACGAAUGAGGAUCCGUAUUAUGCGGUUAUGAAAAAGGCCCCUGCGGUUGGGACAUUGUGGAUCUGGUGUAUUCUCGAGAUGUCAGUGGGUGCGGCGUUGUUGGGUGCAUUGGGGCCUUUGGUUUGGGGGGUUUGGUGGAUGGGAUAUGGGAUUUUGUGA